CUGCUACUAUUUUUGUUGUUAUUAAAUUAUUACAGAGACAAUUAAAAAUUAGUGAAGCGUGACAAUUGUGGUAAUUAACUAUUAUUAACAACUAUAUAGAAAUCUAUCUUGGGAAUAAAAAUGGUAGCCUUUGUGUAAACAAUGACCUUACUUAAGUAUAAUUUUUAUUCAUCGUGUGGUAAAAACUUUAGAGACAAUAAUCAAAGAAAGACUGCCUACAAAAUGUCAGUUCUGUUUGCAGCUGUAACUCAAAACUCAUCCAUAUUUUAUACUGGAAAAGAACCUUACUACGACUGGGCUCGCAAAAGGUGUUGUUCUUGUCACAGUAACGAUGAACACCAUUUUGAAUUUGAGUGCGAUGACGUAAUCACAAAAGAUGGUGUGAAAGUAGCGAUAACGUGUGUUAUAAAAUACGUUUCUUUCAUAUAUUCAAAUUGCUGUGGUGGUCCUUAUAUGGAUAUGGAUGAACAAAUCGGAAUUGUGAAGCAUCUGAAGAAGAUUCUUCGUAUCACAUUACAGGACAGCACCCUGAUUGAGCUUCUGCGGUUAAAAGACAGUAUCGGUUUUGGUGUGUUCUACGAUUGCGUCGCAUGGCUGAAAGAAAAGCAUAUCGAAUUGAAAAGUUUUGAAAUUGGGACUAUACGAUACGAAAAAAGUGUUUCAGAAGAUUUAAUAAAGCCAGAAGUUAUUAAGGAAGCACACAGUGAGAUUAUAAUGGAUGACUUUUAUUUUAUGAAAGAAAACGACGCACCUAACAUAAGUCCACCAACAGAUGACGAACAAGAAAAAUCGUUUGAAGUAUUCGAUUCACAAAACGAUAAACUUGAUGAACAAUGCGAAACGCCACACGAACAACACGAAACGCCACAAGGGCAACGAUACAAACCAUACAGGCGAAUAAUAACGAUAAAAAGUCGAAGAAAAACGGAUGACGUAGAUGAGCAAAAAGAAUCUUUCGUGGACUGCUACACGAAAACACAAGUACUUGAAACAAGUAUAACAAUUUGAGACACUGAGGGGGAGAGUGACAACUAGAAUGGCAGGAGGGUAAAAGAAAGGGAAAAUAAAUAAAAAAUUUCAAGUUAUUGUGAUGUUUCAACUUACAUUGUAAAAUAGCAUUAAAAUAUUUAUUUUAAGGCUUAUACAUACAGAGCCAAUCUCGACCCCCGGGCUCUUUGUCAGUUUUUAUACCAGGAAGGCGAAAAAAAAAAAAGAAAAAACAGCCCUGGGAUCGAGGUUGGCACAGAGCUUGUUUUGGAUUGCAUAUAUUCAAACGUCUUGGAUGUUAAAAUAAAAGAUGUCUUUCCAA